AUGGAUCAUGCGGAUAGUAGCUUGAGUUCUCUCACACCGUCGCAGAAGGCCCAAUUGGUAGAUCAGAUGAAAGCAGAAGUAGCGAUAGCGAGUGCUCGUGAACUCAUCGAUGUUUGUUCCAUUUUAUGUUGUUUUUAACGCAUUCAGCAAAUGACUCAGAAAUGCUUCGAUAAAUGCGUCUCGAAGCCCGGAACCUCGUUAGAUAACUCCGAACAAGUAACUUUUAUUUUUAACUUUAUCCUCCAGAAAUGUGUUGCAAACUGUAUGGAUAGGUAUCUAGACUCCGUAAACCUGAUCACAAAGGUAUUUGCCACUCGUCUACAGCAUGAAGCCGCCAAAAUGCAAGGACUGUCUUGACUUCUCAGUUUUUAGUUGUAUAUCCUAUAAUUUUUUAUACUGUUAUAGUUGUUUUGUUACGCAAUUUGAAUUCACUCCAUUUUACUUCCGAGUGUUCCUCGAACUGCCGGACAGAUUUGUCUUAAGACAGGUCGAGGUUUAGGAUCAUCCGACUGUCCUAGAAAUAAUAAAAAAUAACUGUUGACGUUCUUGUCUUUUCCGCAUUUCCUCGUUUACAGUCUGAAGCUGAAAAGGCGUAAGGGAGAUUGUGUACGCUUCGAGGUGGAAGGGAAUGGUUGGUGUUUUUGUUCUGAUGCAUCCAGCCGAGGCUUCCACUACUGCCGUUGAAAGGACGUCCUGAUGUCUUUUAGUCCGAAAACAAGGCAAAAUAGCAGAAAUCCGUUGUUACACCUUCUCGGCCUUGGCUGAAUGACUUCUUCGCUGUGGAGUGAGCCCCCUAUUUGGACAAAUCGUUGCAUCCACCCAGACGUCACACGUUCUUGCAACUUCUGUUGUGCAUUUAUGUUGACACCCUAAGAGGUAGGUGAUGGCCGAGGCCUACAAAGACAUGCUUGCGGGUGCGGGAGUGGUCACGACGCUUCUUGGUGUAACAUCCAUGUGGUUGCAAGGUUUCUCAAUGCUUUCCAUCAUAUGGAAUUGGUUCGGCUCCACAUUCGACUCGCUUCCAUCCCAGUUGUCUUGCUUCCUGGAUGUGCAGAAACGUCUGUCGUACGAACUGUAUUUGACUUCUUGUCUUAAACCAUUUUUCAGGCCGACACAAAUAUGGUUGGGCUCCAGUUGCCAGGCGCGGUAUUGCCUCGUCAUUCACUACAUGAAGCCGGUGCUCCAGCCUCGAAACACUUGUAAACUCUGGCAAUGAUACCAUCUCCUAUGAGCGCCUCGGUAUUGCAUCAGAGAUCAGGCAAGUAGGAUCACACGACACUGCAGAGGCCGGAGAACGAUAAGACGCUGCUGCAGAGUGUGAUUUGUUGAUAAUCGAAGUUGAGAAUAUACCCAAAGUGCCCAUUUCAUCGUCCCAACUUGGCCGAGUUCUGAAGAUUGAGUCUGCUACUCACAUAAUGAAUAUGCACUCACCACAGAGGGCCACCACGCAAAAAUCUACCACUACGUCCUUCUCUGCCGCUUAAGAGAAUCGUUUGGGCAUAUCGUUUACGGGGAGUUAUCAGCAGCUGACGGUGAGGCAGUCUUUCACGAGUGCGAAUAGGUUCCUCUACUAUUCUGGUUAGAGAUUCAUAUUAGCGAAUAUAGAUAAGAAUAUUAGUAUUACUGACGCCGUCCCUGUCCCGUCGGCGGUCUCCUGUGCAUUUUUUUAUCUGCUCCGAGAAGGCGGCCGCCACGCUGCAACUUUCGGAAGUGCCGGAUGAAAUGGAACUCAACUCCUGAAGCUUCAAUUUUUUGUUGGUUCGUGUUGGAUCUAGAUUUUACGAAGACAACAGAUACCCAUGUUUUACCGCUGGGGACUGUCCGCUACCAGGGCAAACAAAAAUUCUUGCAUUCCGGUGAUACUCGCUGAAGGUCUCCCUGAUUCAGUUCUCGCGUAGUAGGGGUCGUAAUAAUCGUCUGGAGUAUUUUUCAAGAAGUUUAUUGAGAAUUUCUGGUGCAGACGGAUUGUCUGUAUCCGUUAGCAAUAUUUCAUCAAGGAUGUCUCCUCUAACACUCUGUCUUAAGGGCUAGACGCCAGGCCAUCAGUGGCGAGAAAAUUUAUCCAAUGACAGUUCAUGUUCGCCAUGUAGCACGCUAUCGUCAUCGGGCUUUGUGACAUUGCAUAAGGCCAUCGGCGUGUCAGCCCUCCGUGUAUUCCGCCAAAAAUGUCGCUGAUCCAUAACUGCUUAUUCUCAAUUCCGAGAGCAACUUAGUUAACAGCUACCUUGCCGAUGACGGCUGUACUACCCUUAGCACCUAGGCUCGCCGGUGGCCAGCAGCCAAACUGCUUGACCUUCAGGGAAAUCGACUGCACCUUUGAAUAAAACUGAUAUUGCAGAUGGUGAGUCAAGAGUUGAAAGUGGUUUUAUCUUUCGAGAGUCCUGACUGCAUCUGGCUUCCUUUUCCAUAGUCAAGCAGCAGAGAGAAUAGCCGCAGGGGACCUCCCGGUGUGCGCGUCAUCUCGUCGACUCAUGUUCUCAAAUGCUCUUGGUUUUUUUGCCGCAUCAUAGCAGUCUGAAAGGUCAUGCAUCCCUGUAUUUACCAUCUUUUUGCUCAUGUCCUCCUGGGUGUCUUUCGUCUGCUUUGUUAGCUUCUCCAUCUUUACUGUCAUGAGCGCCGAAUCCACAUCCAUAUACGCCCAAGUCAAUAUGUUUUCCUUAGAAACGUAGGUGUCUGAAGGUCUCUUUUCAACGAGUUUACUCCGACGAGAGCGCGUUCCGGAUAGUGGCCCCAAACUGCGUCACAUUUCCCUAUCUUGCUAACUUUGUUUCCGUCCGAAUGUUUCGACGUCCUUAACCGGUUAUUUGUGUUUGUGCCCUGCUACAAGGCGAACACUCGCUCAAAAUACCUGCUCAACAGUGUUUUUUGCGUUGGUUUUGUGAGAAUGACCUUCCACGCAUACUCCGCGCCGCGACCGCAGUUCAUUCCCGGACUAGGCUCGUUUAAAAUUAGAUCCUUCGGCAAAAACUCGAACGUUUUAUUUGCUGUUCUCCUUUACAGUGGUGACCAUCGAUGUUGCUCACUGCAUUGUGCUUUAAGAAACAAAAGCCUUAGUUAUUGCUGUCUCAUACGACGUUAAUGCUGUUUCCGCUUGCUCCGGUGCCUAUGGCACAAAAAUUCUCGUGGUCUCCGCUGCUGCCGCUCAUCCGGACUGGAUGUUGGGCAACAGUCGCCAUAUAAUUAGUUUAUGAUCUUUUUCCAACUUCGUUUUCAGCAACGUCUCUACGUACUUCUGCUGAAGGUUCGGCGACUGUUCAUUUGUCAACUUCGAAAGCUCGCUUAGUUUCUAGGGAGGUGGCGUCCCGCCUUCUGUAAUUGAGAUCCAAGUACAUCGAUAACUACUUCAUUUACAUAGAUAUUUUGGCAGAUUUUGAUUAAAUCAUAUUGACCUACUUGUGAAAAACUCGGCGCCUCGGUGGAAUUCUAACCUACGCAGCAAGGGGAAGGCUUUAGUACGUUCUAACCACUUGAGCUACGAGGUCCCGCCGGACGACGCGAGCCUACCAGUCAUCUGGUGGAUUCUAGGUGAAUUACUUAGGAAAUCCUGCUUGGACAGUCAACUUACUGUAUCAGAUUUGGUGGAUUCCGGACGUUGCAGUAGGUUGGGCGGGUAACUUGACCCAAAUUUGAUUAAACUUGCGUCGUACGGCAGGGCCUUGUAGCUCAGGUGGUUAGAGCGUUGGUUGUACUGAAGCCUUCCCCUUACUGCUUGGGUUCGAAUCCCACCAAGGCGCCGAGUUUUUCACAGUUGGGUCAAUAUGAAUACUUCAUUUACCUCGAGCUCCAGGAAGACUAGCGGUUCUAAUUUUUCACGACCACCUUUUGUCUAACUGCGUCGCUAAUAGGCAAUUUAUCAAAGUUGAUUGACAUUACGAAGACAAAUAAGUGCUACAGGAAAAAACGCCUUCAUCCGCAACCUUUUCGCCGUGAUCUGAGAAACCCAGUCCGGAAAACUGAGGAGUACUCGGAUGUAAGCAACAAACAGCAACUUAUCGAAACCCAACCCGGCAUUUUCUUGUCUUCAUAUGCGGAGUCCUCGGCUUGAUGUUAGCGACGAGGUCCAACACUGUCCAUAGAAUGGAACGGUAAUGGCCCGUGCGUGAUCUUGUUUGUAGCAAUGCGCUCUGGAACUAUCACGACGUGUUAAAAGUCGUAGCUUGGAAGGAUGCUAAAUGGCUGGAUACCGCGCUUCACUAUAAAUGGAGAGUUGGACCCAAAGGCGUACAAGUGAUCCCUAUAGGAUUCACUCGCAUGGGAUCCAGGUUACCCCUUUUGCGAAGACUUGGUGCACCGUAUGGAUCUGGGUCCACGUAGCAUGCGUAAACGGGCAGUGUAACUUUGUCAGCCACUAUCCUACUCUUCAGCCUCACAUCCACCAUGCUCUGGCGGUUAGGUCGAGUUAUUAGAACGGGUGUGAACACAAUGGCUGACAAAUCUUACCUACUUGUUUGAGCGACCCAAGUAUGCAUUGAUCUCUCAUUCCACAUAAAUAGAACAUUGCGCAGAGGAGAUCUUAGACUACAUACAAGUGACAGUGACAAAACAGCACUAGGAAGGAACCGGUUGCGGCCGGUCUGGUCGGAAGAUUGGGUUGAUGACCUCUCGUGUGGCGCGGACAGAUUCAAACCGCGUUCGGCUGCCUGUGAUCAGGAUAUUAAACACGGGAUCCACGCCCUCCUGCCGACCAGUCCCAAGCCGACUGGAAUUAGAUUGGGUGCACUACUUGGCAAGAUGUAAAUUUUCAGCCGGCGCCUGCAACACACAGCCGCGGAAACAACCGGACCGUCUUCAAUGACGGUGCUGGUCGCAUUGUGGGCGCAGGACGAUGACCAGCGCGUGAAUUGGUUUAUAGUGAUAGCAGAAUUGCGCAACAUCUGCCGCAGUCUCCUUCCUUCACCGCCCACCCAGCUCUGAUGUCAGGACAGAGCCAGGGCUACUGGGGCGUCUGACAAGGCUAAAGAACCGUCUACGCGUAACGCACGCAACCUGGUUCCCGUACGGUGUACCAGGUUUUCACAGGAACAGUGGACUUGGGUCUCACGUCUACGCAAGCGCCAAGACGGAGUCACAUUUAUGAGCCUCUGAACAUGGCUCUCACGCCUCGAACCAGUUAGCCCACAUACACGUACUGGCCACGAGGAUCGGAUUAUUGCGUCAGUCGGCAGCUUUCCAAAACAUGGCCUUUGGCGAGUCAGGUUUAAGUGCUGAAGUGCCCUAGGGAUGGAAUCCGCAAGUCAACAUCACUCCGCUCGUCGUUGCCCGGGCCUGCUGCCCCACUGAUGCUGCCAUUGGGGAGUUGGCAGAGCUACGUUGGUACGUCUGCAUAUGCCAUACACGACCCUGUGGACAAGCCAUGCAUAAGGGUACGGCAAGGAACAUGCUUCCACCUGUGUGACAGGUGUGUAUUCUCUUCAGGCAGUGGGUAACGUGGGGCUAGUUUAUUUGUGGUCUGGGUAUGUGUGGGAUGACGGGGGUGUCGAGAUGUAAUGAUGGGGUUUUGACUGCGGGAUUUUGCUGCAGAACUUCAUGGAGGUGCAUAUGACUGAGUAUACCUAUGUGGUGACUGAACGGCCGUGGGAAGUUAACACAAUGGUUGGGGGCGCUCACCGAUCGUUCUCACGGAACUCAUUCGUUCAAUUGUGCCUUACGGGCUCUCUCUCUCUCUCUCGAGCCCAACAAGCAGCCGCAUAGCGGCGCAUGAUACAUAGGCAGAAUGGCAUUACCGACAAAGACAAGGGAGACUGGAAUGACCGUUUCUGGCUUAACCGUCGUCAGCCAGUCAUAACCAACUCCGAAGUGUGGAACACCCGUGGCUCGAACUACCGACCUACUACCUGUUAGACAAUGGUAGCGGCGCGCUCACCGAUCGUUCAUACGGAACUCACUCGUUCCGUUGUGCCUUACGAGCUCUCUCUCUCUCUCGAGCCCAACCCCAUCGAAACAGAGAGGGCAACGGGCUCGUGGCCCAGUGGUUAGAGGCGUGGACUUCUACCUAACAAGUCGUGAGUUCGAGCCUCGGGUGUUCCACACUUCGGGGUUGGGUAUAACUGGCUGACAAUGGCUAAUAAGCCAGAAGUUGACACGUAUGCAUGUUGGGGCUCCUGACAUUGGUUCGCCAGCCCCAUUGCGAUGGGUCCGCAGGUGGUCGACCAGGUAAAUGCGUGAUGUGAAUGUGCAAUCGCAGUGGGGACAGGUUGCAAUCUAAUCCGUAUUGUUUGUGUAGGGAGCGAUAGCGGGUGUCAGGAGUGUUCGCACAGCCGUUGCUAGUCUUUGACGUCAUGGGGAUGGGGAGUGGAAGUGAUUUCUGAAACUGGAAGAGGGGGUCCUGUGUGAUGGUGCAUUGGAUUCGGAGAUGCCCGGUGAGGCCGAUCCGUGCGCAGAAUGUCCGCUGACAUGAUGAGAGGCGCCUUUUGAUGGAACUUUUGGUAUGGAAAAUUUGAGAUUCGCGAGCCGCUCUAUUGACCUUGGCACCGGCAAUCCUGUGGGCGCCGUAGAUUCUGCUUCAGUCUUCACUGCUAGUCUCCAGGCUGGCCAUUCCUGAACGAGGUGUCUCCGGGUGGAUUCGUAGAUUCCUGUGAAGAGUUUGCGGUGUCCUUGUAAUUUUUUUACCCUGCUGCCUAUCAACGAACAUCCGCGACGACGUAGUCAUAAGGUAGCCGCCUGUCGUUAGUCUUCACGAGCUGGUUGCUCUAUCGCAGUCGCAGUUGGCUCGGCAUGGCGUGGAUGUUGAGGAUUUCGGUUCGUUCCGGGACAUCAGUGUGUGGGUUUUUGUCGUGUCACCUCUGGCUCAGUAUUCUGCGGAGACAGCUGAGAUGGAAGUGGUUGAGCUUCCUGGCAUGUCUAGAGUAGACGGUCCAGGUCACCGCUCUGUACAGAAGAGUCACCAUGACGGAUACCACGUCUGUUUUGUUCCACUGCAACCGGAACAUUACGCCGAAAGCGGCCCGGCUCUGGUUCCUUAG